UUUUCUUUUCUUUUCCUUUCCGAGCUUCCAAACAAAUUGUAUAAAGAAGGUGCUUCUGUAUUUUAUAUUAUAUCCCGAAACGCACGCGUUUUGUACAGAACACACAUGUAUAUAUAACCUUGCAUCUCGCUUAUUUCGCGCCCUGGUGGUACAUUCAUACAAUCCCCAAUCGCCCCUACCAUAAACCCUAGAAAGGUUGCAUUGUCCUGGUAUUUUGCAAAAUUGAGGAAUGAGGUACAGAUAUAUUCGUGUGCGUGCAUAAGCUUGUAUUUUGCAAAAUUGAGAAAAUAGUACAGAGAUGUGGAAGCUCAUAAAGCUGGAAGAAGGAUUGAAUGUAUUGGAAGAGGCCAUUGUGAAGGCUAGGCUGCUUCUUGAUGGACACCCCACUAAUACACUGUUCACACCUGAAGAAUACAUCAAGUUUUAUGACUGUGUUUAUUUCAUGUGUAUUCAGCAUGAUCCUUAUGACUAUUCAAUUCAGCUUUAUGAAAGAUUUAAUAGAGCUUUGGAAGAGAGCAUUUUUUCAAGGGUUUUGCCAUCUUUGGUGGACAAAAAUGAUGCCUCUCUGCUAAUAGAACUCUUGCGCAUGUGGACAAACUACAAGGUGAUGACAAAGUGUCUAGGAGGAUUAUUUCUAUACCUUGAUCGCCACUUUCCAAAUGGUAAAAAUGCUGCAUCACUCAAUGAUGUCUCGGUUCAGUGCUUUCGUGAUCUGGUCUGCAAUGAGUUUUAUCAAAGAUUUCAGAAUGCUGCAGUAUCCCUGAUCGGGCAGGACCGUGAUGGGAAAUUGAUUGAUAGGGACUUACUGAAGAAUACCAUGACUUUUUUUAUGGAAAUUGGGGGCUGUGGAAACACAAGCUACUAUGACAAUUUUGAGAAGGUGAUGCUUGCAGAUAGUGCCGCCUACUACUCUCAGCUAGCUUCAAACUUGCUCAUCUGUAAUUCAUCCGCUGAUUAUGUUAUGAAGGUUGAAUGGUGCUUGAAUCAGGAGGAAGAAAGAGCUAGUCAAUACUUGUGCCAAACCACAGUAGAGAGGCUACUACAGCAACUGCUUUGGCGACGAAGAUCGCAGAGUGCAGGCCCUUUAGGCAGACAUGCAAGCUCAUGAACUGCAGGUUUAUGCUUAUGAUAAUUAUAAAUGAUUAAUCUGCUCUGCAAUACAUGCAUUUAACUAGUAUAGAACACCUAUCAGCAAAAGGAAACAUAAAAAAGGGAUAAAUUACACUGACCUCCCUGAGGUAUGGGCAAAUUACACACGAAUAGAGCGCUUGGCCUUUAUUACUUUUACCUCCCCUAAAAGUGCAAAAUGUCUUUCACACCCUUAUCUAAUUUAAUAAUAGUUUAAUAAAAAAAAAUUAUCCCUCUAUCACCCUUUUAUUUUUUUUCCUGCAUCUUGUAAAUACUAUAUUACCCUAUCUAAUUUUUUUGUUUAAAAAAAAAAAAAAAUCAAAUCUCAUUAACAAAAAAUAUAUAUAUUUUUGUAAAAUUUAUUAUUUAAUAAUAUAAAAUUGGUAUGAAAUUGAUAAUUUGCAUUUCAAUGGCUAUUUUUGUGAUUUUCUAUCAAAAUCAAAGGUUAUAGGGCUUUUUAACACAAGGAAAGGACAACUUAGUCAUUUUUUAAAUUUUCAUUAACAGUAGGGGUGUCGUUGAGCACACUCGCCAAGUCUCAGGGGAGGUCAAAGUAAUAAAAGCUAUACACUCUACCUAUGUGUAAUUUGCCCAAACAUUAGGGAAGGUUAGUGUAAUUGACCCUAAAAAAAAGCCCCAAAUGGCACUAUCUCUAAAAAUUACAGAAAAAAAAAGGAGAUAUAACCUAAUCACACACACA